UUAGUAAACAAUAUAAAACUAGUGUAAGUGUAGACUUAAGUAAAUAGAACGCUUAUAUGCAGGAGCACGUUUUAUGACUGUCCAGAUAAAUAUUAGACUGUAAUCAUUCAUCUGUGGAAUUUUCAUUGAACCAGAACAAGAAAAGUCAGCCGUCGCCAACACUGUUGACGUCCACGGAUUAGGAAUAAAAAUGACAGAAAAACGUGAAGAAUCUCACACCAUGCGUGAUAAGAUUUUACAGGUCCUGAGAACGAAUCUUCUCAUCAUCCUGAUGAUCAUCGCCGUCAUCAUCGGCCUCGCUCUCGGAUUCGGUCUUCGAAACGUUUGGACUCCGUAUGAAACAAGAAAAAUCUUCUACCUCCGUUUUCCUGGUGAUCUUCUGAUGAAUAUGCUAAAAAUGCUGAUUCUUCCUCUUAUUGUGUCGAGCCUAAUCACCGCUAUGGGAAGUCUCGACACCAAUGCUUCCGGUCGUAUGGGCCUGCGCACAGUGGUGUACUACAUGACGACGACGUUCGCCGCCGUGAUUCUGGGAAUCAUUUUAGUGAUGACGAUAGAACCAGGAAAGAAGGGUAGCAAGGAUAUUACUAAAACAGGCAAACCCAAAGAAGCAGAGCCUCUGGAUGCCCUCUUUGACUUGAUAAGAAACUGCUUCCCCGACAACCUUAUAGAGAGCGCAUUCCAGAAGCAAGUGACAACGGUGGGGAAUAAGACAGUGACCCCCAAAGAUACCUCAAGCAAAUUAACGACUGUGCUGAACUCGACAUUGGCCAAUCUGACUGAUAGCGGGAAUAUGACAGGGGCGAACAUAACGGAUAACAGUACAACUAGCAUUGUGGUAGAAACACUUGAUGUGACGAAAGCCUCGGGAAUGAACAUUCUAGGAAUUGUCGUGUUCUCGUUGUUUUUGGGAGGUGUCCUUUCCAAAAUGGGAGAAGAUGGCACCCCCUUGGUGAAGUUCUUUGAGUGCCUUCACGUAGCAACAAUGAAGUUGGUUACACUUGUUAUAUGGUACUCGCCGGUUGGGAUAAUUUUCCUGAUCGCCGCUAAGUUGGUGGAGAUGGAGGACCUGGCUACGAUGUUUGAACAGCUGGCUUACUACAUGGUCACCGUUCUGGCCGGUCUGCUUAUCCACGCCUUCAUCAUACUGCCCGUUAUAUACGCCGUGUUCACCAGGAAAAACCCUUUCUCGUUCAUGUUAGGCAUGACCAAAGCGAUUCUCACUGCAUGGGGAACGGCCUCGAGUUCUGCUACACUGCCACUGACCAUGCGGUGUCUGGAGGAGAACAAUGACGUGGACCCCCGUGUGACGAUGUUUGUGACUCCCAUAGGCGCCACCAUUAACAUGGACGGCACGGCGCUGUAUGAGGCGGUGGCAUCCAUAUUCAUAGCUCAGUAUAUCGGCGUUUCCCUCGGUAUAGGGGAGGUCAUAGUCGUCAGUCUGACGGCGACAGCUGCUGCCAUUGGUGCCGCCGGCGUCCCACAAGCCGGUCUGGUUACCAUGACGAUCGUCUUGACGGCAGUUGGUCUUCCAAUUAAUGAGAUUACGCUCAUUUUGUCCAUUGACUGGUUUUUGGACCGGUUUAGGACGGCGGUAAAUGUUUUGGGGGAUUCUUACGGGGCAGGGAUCGUGGAGCAUCUGUCUCGGAACGACAUCUUAAAGCCCGUGGAGUACGAGGUGGACCUCCCCAACAAACAGGAGAAGAACGGGAUCCACCCCCCGCAGAUUAAUGAGGACAAUUGUGAAACUAAAAUGUGAUAGAUCGGAAUCAGCGAAAUCCAGAGUUCUAGACUGAAGUACAGUGAAUUUUGAGAAUUUUUAGGAAUUUCCCUCUUAGAUAGAAUUCCACAUGUCUGCUCAGCUCCUUAACCCUGAUCUCUAAUGUUCACAGCGCUGGAGUAGCUCGGACCCCGGACCUUUACAUAUCAGAUGUUGUUUUCAAUAUUUUGAUGAAGAUUUAUAUCAUGCAAUAUAUAUAUAUCUUCUCAAUUU